UUCUUGGUUUAUAAAUAUCUACAAUAGUGAUUUUCAUUUAUAAAUGAAUAAUUCAAAAUGAUCAAAUUAGUUCUGCGAUCAAUUUUAGCAGUGAUAAUUGUGUUUGUGCUGCAACAUGUGGAGAACGAAGCCUUAAAUUUGUCGAGUAAUAGAACGCGGCAGAAUCGGGGACGGUACGCCACGUUCCGGAGCAUGGAGCACGUUGUGGGGGGAGGGACGCGGCGGUUGUUUGGUGGUCGCUCGGCGGCGUUGGAGGAGUGGCCGGCUGUUUGCGCGCUUCUGGACCGCUACUGGUCGGCUCGUUGCUCCGCCGCCGCACUCACGCCGCACUGGGUGCUGACAGCCGCACACUGCGUGUCGCCGCGCCUGGCUUACGUCAAGUACAACACGCGCCGCCCUGCCUCCAACGAGGGGGAUGUCACGCCGGUGCACUAUCUCUAUCGGCACCCCAAAUUUGAGGUGAAACAGGAGGAUGAGGGUCGCGGCCCUGACGUGACAGUGCUCCACCAUGACGUGGGCCUCGUGCGCACGCGGAACAAGAUGAAUCUCGACGCCGUUGCAGAUCUGAAGAUGAUAAACAACUUGCGCAUCCACAGCGGGUUUGAUCUGCAGGAUAAGAAUGUCAAGGUGCUGGGGUUCGGGCGAACAGAGCGGUCAGUGCUGGGAGAGGAGCUUUUCUCGGUGGAGCUGCACCUGGUGCCGUGCGAGCGUGAGGGCUGGUACCACUGCGUGUGCGGCAUGACGCUGACUGGAGACGCCCGCGGCGUGUGCUCGGGGGACUCGGGAGGGCCCGUGCUGUACAACGGGGUACAGGUGGGCGUGACGUCAAUGGGUCCGGUGGAAUGCGCGCGCGCGGGGGACGUGCCCCCCCACGGCGCUAGCAGCGUGUUCACCAUGCUGUACCAGUACGCCGACGUGGUGAACGCCACCAUCAGCGACACGGAGACGGCGCUGCGCAUGCGCAUGAUAUCGCGAGCGUCGCCCCACCACGCCUCUACGGCACCCCUCCUGCACUUACUAUCCUGGUGUGCUGUCCGAUAUGUCUGUGAUACACACACAUCGAUACCUACAAUGUUUAAAUAA